AUGACGAUAAGACCAGCAGUCCAACCGAGGGAUUGCCCAGUGAAAAGCCCAGACUGGGCGAGUAAAAAGAGGCGGACCGACGGUGCGGACGCGCCUGGCCAGGGUCUGGUGACGGAACAGCUGCCCGUACACGACCCUCUUGUGAAGAUACAGCGGCAGACGGACAUGGCGCACGAGAAGGCAGGAGGCCAAAUACCAGCAUUGGCCACGGACAUGCCACCGCACACCAUGGUCGAGGGCCAUAACCGCAAAUGGCGCCGGCGGCUUCGCAGCCCAUGGACCCCUUCACCCUACAUGUUGUUGACCAUGCUAGCGGCAUUUGUCACCAUGUUUUUUAUGGCCCAGUCGUUCUUGACACGGCAGUUGGACGUCAAAGGGUGUGGAAUGUCAUACAUGCGGCCCAACUACGCGAGAUACCACGACUUCGAUACCGAACAUACGCGCUUCGCGAGCAAGUACUCGCUAUACUUGUACCGGGAGGGCGGUGUCAAAGGCGUGCCCGUACUCUUCGUCCCCGGAAACGCUGGCAGCUACAAGCAAGUGCGCUCCCUCGCCGCGGAAGCCGCAUACCACUACCACAACGCUGUCCAACACGAUGUCGACGCGGGCAAGGCUGGGAAGAGGCCGCUGGACUUUUUUUCCGUCGACUUCAACGAAGACAUUACUGCUUUUCACGGCCAAACCCUGCUAGACCAGGCCGAAUAUCUCAACGAUGCCAUCACAUACAUUCUAUCCUUGUACCAUACCCCGGGCAAGUUUCUACGCGACUCCACCCUACCGGAUCCGACUUCAGUCAUCAUCGUCGGACACUCCAUGGGUGGUGUUGUUGCCCGCACUAUGCUCACUAUGACCAACUACCAAGCCAACUCGAUCAACACCAUCAUCACCCUUGCUGCGCCACAUGCUAGGCCGCCGGUGUCUUUUGAUGGGGAUAUUGUCCGCACGUACAAGGCAGUGAAUGACUACUGGCGACACGCCUACUCGCAAAAGUGGGCCAUCGACAACCCACUAUGGCACGUCACCCUUAUUUCCAUUGCAGGAGGAGCCUUGGAUACUACAAUUUCCUCCGAUUACGCGAGCAUCGAAUCUUUAGUUCCCGAGACGCAUGGAUUCACCGUCUUUUCGACUUCGAUGCCAAAUGUUUGGACUGGUAUCGACCAUCUUGCCAUCACUUGGUGUGAUCAGCACCGAAAGGCUGUUGUACGCGCCUUGUACGAUGUUAUUGAUGUUUCACGCGCGACCCAGACUGUACCACGUGCUGAACGUAUGCGUGGCUUCAAGAGAUGGUUCUUGACGGGCCUGGAGGACAUCGCAGAGAAGACCCUGCCUCACAAGGAAGCCAAAACUCUCCUCACACUGGAAGAGGACAGUGCCAUCAUCGCAGAGGGCGAAAGGCUUGUGCUUAGAUCUCUCGGGAAAUCCAAGCAGAGACCAAACGCUCACCUGAUGCCUGUGCCACCACAAGCACCGGGCAAGAAAUUUACUCUGCUCACCAACGAACAACUGGAUCAGCCCGGUACCAACGGCAUGCUUGAGGUACUGUUUUGCACCGUGUUUCCUUCUCAACCUGGCCAAUCGACUACACUCUUUUCGAUGAACAUGGAUCUUUCAGGCGAUGGCGUGGGCGCAACACGGCUCGCUUGUAAGAACGCCGCAUCGGACGUGAUUGCUCUUCCUGCCUCGACUCGGCAUUCGAUACAUCCAUUCAGCGCCGACGAGCGUCCAUUCUCAUACUUGCAGUAUGAUCUCGAAGAUCUUACCGAACAUCAAUUCGUCGCUGUGGUGGACAAAGCCGGUGAGCGCAGCACAGGCUGGGUUAUAGCCGAGUUCAGCGCCUCUUCUGAGUCUCAAAUUACAGUCGACAUGGGUUUGCAGCGCCUAUUGACCACCGGACUCUCACUUCGACUUCCAGCACAGCGUCCGCUAAUGACGGACAUUAAAAUCCCAGCUCUCCAUUCUGCGCUUUUGGCUUACAACAUCCACGUUGGCAAGCAGUCGUGCGACACUGGAGAGCUCUUCGCCCCCUUGUUACGACAAUACGUCACCGAUGUUUACGAAAGCAAGUUUGUUGUAAACGUCAAAGAUGCGGGUUUCAGUCUGCAUGGUGUAGCACCAUACAUGCCGCCAUCGCUUCACGCCAAACAACCAACAAAUGGGGUGUCGAUGCAGAUUUGGUCGGAUCCAACAUGCGACAGCAGCGUGGAAAUCAACCUCAAUGUGGACUUCUUCGGUAGUCUCGGAAAGCUCUGGAUGCGCUACCGCAUCGUCUUUGCCGCCUUUCCGAUACUCGUUGUCGCUUUGGUCUUGCGCCAACAAUUCCGGACGUACGACAAGAUGGGCGUCUUCAUGAGCUUCACACAAGGGCUGAACGAGUGCUUAUUGACCUCGCUCCCUCUCGCUCUAUCCGCGCUGACGUUCUUGUCGAUUGCCUUGGCUGGUGCUCAGUACCAAAAGAAGUGGUCCGUCGGCGAGACCUCUUCCAACAUGACCUCACUGCUCGACAACGCCAGCAACGAACUACUCCUCGGCUCCGACGACAUCUUCUUCUGGUUCCUCGUUCCGCUCUUCGGCCUCAUGUGUAUCGGCGUCUGCGUAGCAAUCAACUAUGUCGCGCUUUUACUCGAAUUAAUCCUAGCAUCUGCCUAUUCCAUCGUCCGUGCCUCGAUCGUUGGAAAAGAAGAACCCAAGAUAUCGCUAUCAGCCUUUGCCGUAACCUCGAACCGCCAACGCGUCCUCACCACCUGCAUCCUCCUCUCACUAGUAUCAACCGUAAUCCCCUACCACUUCGCCUACGUCGUCCUCUGCCUCGUCCAACUCGGCACCAGCGUCCGCGCCUUCCGCCUAGCCCGCGAAUCCAACCUGGAUUCAACCUACAACUUCUACAACUACGCUCACUCAAUCCUGAUCCUAAUGCUCUGGAUCCUCCCCAUCAACCUCCCCGUCCUAGUCGUCUGGAUCCGCAACCUCGCCGUCCACUGGCUCACACCCUUUUCCUCGCACCACAACAUCCUCUCCAUCAUGCCCUUUAUCCUGCUCGUCGAAACGCUUAGUACCGGCCGCAUGAUCCCCCGAGCGGAUUUUCCCAUCUCGCUGCUUACUAAUGUCUUGUUAUUUUCUAUUGGCGCUUACGCGGCCGUUUAUGGUGUCACGUAUGCGUAUGUGUUGCACCAUUUGGCUAAUAUUCUUUGUGCGUGGCUUGUUGCUAUUCACUUUGAACCUACGACUAGAUCGUCGUCUUCGUCGUUGUUGAGCGAGAGAGAGAAAGUGGAUUUUGAAGAUGAAGCAGGAGAGACGAGUGCGGGGCUGGAGAAGAGGAAGAAACGUCCAUGACAGGAGAGGGUUGUUAGAAAAAAGGCAGCGUAAAAUUUUAUAUAUCGGUUUCUUCCUCCUCC